AUGCCUAAUGUUUUUUAUCUCUCGUAUGCUCAUUGGCCCGCACUUUAUAUCUGGCGAUCCACUCCCCUGGGCGACUCGAGAAUACGCUGGGAAAUUGUGAGAUCGCUCAAUAUGCAAGUCCAUAAUAUCCCCGGAUGUGGCUACUUUGUAGCUAGUGACCCCAAGACUUCAGACCACCGCCCUGUCCCCGUUGAUCUAGAUCGGUAUGGGAACCCGUGCGAUGAGACACUUCCCACUUGCCAAAACUGCAAGAAGACCGGCCAAGUGUGUACCCGAGAUCCCAAGAAGCGUGUACCAGGAUGUGACAGAGCCAAAGCUGAAGUGCAAAAUGGAAGAGCUGGGGGUCUACCAGGACCAGAAGAACUACACAUUAGAAAUAGCUCAUCGCGUCUCGACUUGCUGCAGUUAAAACUGCUUCAUCAUUUUGAGCAGUUUACUGCAGAUACCCUAGUUCCUUGUCCCGAGCUGUGGAAAAGGAACGUGUUACCUCUCGCUCUAGAGAAUGACUUUCUCAUGCACGCAGUCCUCGCAACUGCCGCAUCUCACCUUCGAUAUCUCCAACCCAAUGUCAGAGAACAUCAAAUAAGCGAGCUUACCCAUAUCUCAAGUGCCUACGAAGGUCUUCGCCUUACUCUUUCGGGUCCCUGGACGCAGCACAUCUCAAGCGCAGCUAUCGCAUGCUCAAUGCUACUGCUUCACAUUGCCUGGACGUGGUGCCCUGAUCAUGACGGAGGUUUUAAUUCCCAUCUGGAUCCUCUGUUCACCCUCGCAUUUGGGUUAAAGUCGGUCGUGCUGGCCACUCUCAAUAUGCGGGAUCCCCAGUUUUUUUCUGCUGAUAUAUCAACCAAGGCAAUUGAUGCGAUUGCACAAGAUCUUAACGGCUCUUUGCAAGUCUCACAGUUUGAGGACCUCUUCGUCGAUCUUUUUCAUCGUGUUCAAGAUGAAAAAGACGAUGUUACAUUUCCUACAUACAUGGAUGGUGUCCGCCGUUUGAUUCCGGCCCUUGUAAUAUUAGAACACAAGAACCAGGGCACUGAUCUUUCUAUUCUCUUGCGCGACAUAGCUCGCUAUUUGUUUUUGUGGCCGGUCAGGUUCCACGGUGGCCUGACAGAUCUCGCGAGUCAUGAGAAACGACUUCCGCGAAUUCUCCUCCUGUUCUUUUAUUCCGUAACGUCGGAAUUGAUCGGAGAACAGUUUUGGUGGGCAAAGGAACGAUCAGAAUAUCACAAAAGAGUGCUGUCCCAGGAGUUGCACAUCCCUUCCGAGGAGCUCGGUAUCAGAGGCGAGGGAAGUAAUUCCGGAAGCCGUCAAAUUAGAGGCUCCGCUAUUUAA